AUGCUAACAGCAACAAAAAACACGCACACACACGCACACGCCUUCAGGUGCAACUCCUCUGCGGAGUUCGAGGUGGAGGCGGGGACGGGCGGCCUUCGGUACGCACGCGUUUCUCCGUUCGAGGACGAUGACGAGGCAGUCACGGGGUCCACCGGAAGCAGCAGCGGCGGGGGCGGCGGAGGCAGAAGGGUCACGGCGGACGAGGUUCUCGGCCCGGAGCUGAUGGACCUUGCCGACCGCACAUCGGUGGUGAUUUUCGACUGCUUGGCAAGGCUGUCCACGCGGCAGAAAAUCAGCCUAAUCCGCCGGUGCGGGGAGCCGCCCAAGGUCGGCAGGUCCUCCCUCAAUAGCUACCGGAAGCUGAGCUUCUGGCUCCCUUCGGCUCUCGCCCUUGCCGAUGUCGGCGGCGGCGGCGGCGCCGCCUCUGGAGGCACCGCGGCGGGUGGUGGAGAAGGACGUGUGGCGGCCGCCCGCGAGCGGCGGGCAGCGAUGUUCAGGAACCGGUCCCUGCGGCAGAGGCUCUCGGAGGCCUGCGAGGUGGUGAUGGAGAGCGAGGCCGUGACGGGGUCGACGAGCAGCCGCCGCGAGCGCGGCCUGCGGAAGCUCUUCGCGCCGCCCCCGAGCGGCCUCGGCGGCGGGGGCGGCGGCGGCCACGGGCAGGGGUUCCUCAGCUCCACGAGGAACUCGGUGAUCCUUAUCGUCGGCAUCUUCGCGGCGAUGGUGGCCUACCAGCGAAUCUCCAAGGUCUGAAGAGGAGAAGCACGGCUGCCGUCGUGGCCGCCGCGGUAUCAUUCGACCCUCUCUACGUUCAGGGAUGAAUCGCUCCGUAUUUUCCAGCGCCACAACGAAUGCCGAGGCCUUGGAAACGGUGCGUGUGUUGCUUGGUUGUAUUGACAUCACGGAGAUUGGGCUGGUUUUCGGUGGGUGGGAUAAGAUUUUUGGAUGGGUGGGCUGGGUGGAAAUCGGACGGCCCGGCGUCGCCCCUCUUGCCUUGCCGUGAUAGAGAUCGCUGCUGCUGCUGCUGCUGCUGCUGCCGCCGCCGCUCUAGUAAUGGGGUUUGUAUUCUACCCUUGUGUAUUUUUUCAUUUCUGACCGUUCAUACCAGCGGCGGUAAGCGUCGGGGGGGAGGCUUUGACUCGGCCGUUAGGGGGACAUUUCCAAGAGGGGGAAAUACAAGACGAUGACGAGUUCUCCCUGCGUGUGCUGGUUGGUUUACUGUUUUCGGUGCGUGUGCCCGCAAGGGAGGGCACAACCGUCCACUCAGCGUUCGUUUUGCUCCGUUUUUUUCUCUUUUGGCCACCAUUAAGGGGAGCACAUAUUCUUUGUUGAUCGCUUCCCCCCCGAAGCCGCAGCCGCACGACUUCUUCCGAAGGGCUUGUGUUUUAUUCUUAAUCGUCCGAUUGUCGAGGCGCGGGGGGGGCGGGGGGAGGUAAGGGACGGAUAGACGCGGGGGCACAGGCACACCACAUGUGUGCGUAGCUUCGGAAAGUGCAGGGGCGACUACACGUCGGGUGACCCCCACUCGACAUUCGCGCUGUCCCCGUGUGCCUGCGGUGGUUGAUCUGAACGAACGGUGAUUUUGCCACAACGGCACCAGUGGGAGGAGCAUGGUUUGCCGUAGUGUACACUUUUAGGCAUUUUAACAGAGUACAUGGUAGAAGCCGGGACUUGAGCAUCAUGUUUUUUUGCAAUUUCAAGAAAUAAGCGACUUUAGAUUACGAGUCGGUUUGGCCCAGUAAACUGCUGUGCUGUUCAGCCGCUGUUGGUUGCUGCUGGUCAAAGGAACAGAGGUGGAUUCCUCGUGCAAAAUGCGAAAGUCUUGAAGUUGCGGUCGGUUCGGCACAGCUUCCGUACGUUUUUUCUUGCUAAGCAACGUAGGUUGGUGUACGUAGCACUUAAAGAUGAUGAUUUUCACGCUCGUGGAGGCAUGGAAGGCGCGCGGAGAAAUGCUGGGUGGUUGGUUGUGUGGGUGGGGUUCGAACCGGCUUUGAGAACGUUCCUUAGGAUGGUAGGUGUUAAAGCUGUCCAUUUGCGGCGAAUGUUGGGAAGGGAGGGCGCCAAUGGGCGGGGGAGAUAUAGUAGAGGUGCGUCUCUGACGUGUUGACACGUCAAUGGGGUUGUGACUGUGUUGCGAUGGAGAAUACGUCAAAUCUCAAACCUCGGGUUAAACUUAAGACCUAAGGCGACUCGUGCGGAGGGUGUACGUCCUGCACACAGUAUGUUUUUGGUGCAUCGGGUUCAUGCCCCCCCCCCUGGCGUGGGAAGCGCUCCUUUGGCGUGUAGAAUGUAGAGCACGAUGUACAGAACGUUGGUGUGGUGCGUGCAGCAGGCGGGCUCGUUUCUUUUCCAGGUGUGCUUUGUUUGUGUGCAGUGUGUGUGUUUUCCCGUGCACCCAGUGGCCCAUUCCCUGCGGUCUGUUCGUUCGUGUGGAACGUGCGCUUGUAGUUGGUGUCGGUUGCUUCGUUUUUGUAUCGAAAAAUUUGGCUGUACCUGUGAAAAAACGUGCGAUGGUCUCACCUAGUAUGGUUCAUUUCGUAUGAUACGCGGAUGUAUUGAGGACGGGUUGCAUGGUGUCUACCCCUCCCGUAACGUGAUUCGGGUCGUUCCGUGGUUGGAAAAUGGGCGGGGCGCGAACAAACCAACAAGCAGGAACGCCUGGUCAUCUCGCGGGAAAAACCCGUCAGUCAGCACACGACGGUUCACAAUUCGCCUCAAUGAUACCGUAUAUGACACAAGAUAACACACCCCCUUGACCGAUUUUCGAAGCUCGAUUUCUCAACUGCCGGAAGAGUCACAGCGCCGAAAACGGCGGCAUUGAAACCGUCUCGUUGAGAGCUUUUCGAAAAUAUAUCGUUUUGUUUAUGCAUCCGCUUCGUCGUGGAGCAAUCGAGCUUUGAAAAUCGGUCCAGGGGGUGUGUUGUCUUGUGUCAUAUGCAGUACUUUUGCUGUAUGGGCAUGCAUGUGACACCCGGUUAUCUCACAGCAAUACCCCGUCAGUCAGACGGGACGAACGCCCAUUUUUUUCCCGUACUUCGUCACCCGGUCCUUGUGCCCGGCCGCGCCCUUUCCAACCGCGGCGUCACACGCACAUCGGAACGUAUGCUACUUACCAUGGAAAUACGGUAGUUCUCUUUCGCGGUGUGCCUCCCUCACCCAACACGCUCUGAGAGUGGGAUUUGUCUUCGUGUGGUCGCGCAUGAACGAGGGGAAAAACAAAAAGCGAAACCUCAUCGUUUAUCCUGGACCUCUACAAAAAACUGUAGUAGUAAUUUCAAGGAAUGUGCACCGUUGUCAUGGUCCGCCACUACGUGCCAUAUACAGCCCCGUAGAAAUAGGGGAGCAUGAACGUGAAUGAUUAGUCUGCAGAUAGAUGAUGAUCCUACCCAAGGCAAGGAAGAGGGAGAAUACAUUUCAAUUCGAGCGCCAGUGGACUACAGUAGCGGCUACGGUUUAAGAGAGGGUCGGUACAAGCCAAUUUCACUCUCUUAAAUCCGGCUUUCUGUUAUAUCGUGUUGGCUACGGUAUAAGAGAGAAUUAUCUUAAACAGUAUCUCACUAUAUANAAAACGAAAAACCGCCGACCGCCUAAAAAAUACCGCCACUUUGCAGUACCGCCGAAAAAGUACCGCCGAAAAAACGAAGUACCGGGAACCGCCUAAAAAGAACCGCCAUAUUGCAGUACCGCCGAAAAAGUACCGCCACUUUGCAGUACCGCCGAAAAAGAACCGCCGAAAAAACGAAGUACCGGGAACCGCCAAAAGAGAACCGCCAUAUUGCAGUACCGCCGAAAAAAUACCGCCGUACUCCAGUAGCGCCAAAACGGUACCGCCAUACUACAGGGUUGCCCUCUAGAGUAGCAUAGGGCACUGUAUUCGACGCCAUUUCGCGCAGAUCGGUGGUUCGAGUCCACCUGGCGUGCGUCUUUGUUCACGUUUUUUCUUUUUUCUUUUUCUCUUUCGUCAUA